AUGCCGGAAGUUCUGACAGAUCGCAUUGUUUCCUUAUGUCAAUCCGAGUCGAUUUCAUCUUUGCUUGCAAAAAAUCCAUCACGGUCGCCGGGAUCAAUCCAGAACGAUCUGUUUGGCAAGCGGCAUCCGCAUAUUUUUGGCGAAAGGGAACCUAAAGCGAUCGAAAGAGCUACCAAGGCAGGCCUCGAAAGGGCAAGAAAAUGCGGAAAGUUCAAGAAUAGCGAACCGAGCGAGCUCUUUUUGCGUCUCUUUCACGAUGCUCUACUUCCAAUUGACGCAGACCCUCGUGUGGGCUGUGUCUCCCCAUGCCUUAUGGGUGCAACUGGCGUAGUGCCGGCGACAAUCGCAGGAACGAUGCUAGAUUGCGUUAGACAUAUCGCGAACCUUAUUGCUCGAGCAGAGAGUGAAGUCUUAUUAGCCACGAAUUACUGGGUCGGUUCCCGGGCAAGCGAUGUCCUGCGAGAAGCGCUCAAAGAAUUGUCAAGAAGAGCUGGGGAACGUGGACAGAAGGCGAACGUAAAGAUCAUCUAUGACCGUGGACACCUCAAGCAAUUCAUCCAGAAUCACACUAUGGUAUCCGAGAGGGAGUAUACGCACUCCAGCUUGAACUUGCCGCCAGCAAGCGAGAUCCCGAACGUAUCCAUGCAAGUCAUGAAUUAUCAUCGGCCGGCGAUGGGCACCUUCCACGCCAAGUUCCUAGUCGUCGACAGGAAGGUCGGGGUGGUGGGAAGCAACAAUAUUCAGAACAACGAGAACUUUGAAAUGAUGGUUCAUCUGGAAGGCGACAUUGUCGAUUCUAUCUACGACAAUUUCAUUAUCUCGUGGCAUGAAGCUCUCGAUCCGCCCCUGGAGACGCUGACACGCCCGGCGUCGACACAACGCCCGCCCACAUUUGAGGAUCCGGAAUUUGGAAAGUUUGCUGAGAACUUCAAAAUCGACCUUUCCCGGCCGCAGGAGCCGCGGAUGUCGGAUGAGUUGGCUCGGUCACCGCGCGAAUUCAGCUUCUCCCAGAGCAUCCAGGAUGAGGUUCGGACAGUACAGAAACUGCUUUCACCAGGGCAGGGAAUGUCGGCCAUCGACGCGCUUUCACAUCACCUAAAUGAGCCUUUCGGCGGAGACGUGAAAACAGCUUUGCCAGAUGACACCCCUGUCCAGUUCUUCCCUCUGAAGCUGCACAAGCCGCACGCUCCCGUUGCGAUGGCAUUAGUCAACCGAAAUCCAUGGGCAGCACCGAACAAUUCCUCUAUCCACACUCCUCAGAACGAGGCCUGGCUCUCCGCGUUUCGGAAUGCCCGCCAUUCCAUCUUCAUCCAAACACCCGAUCUCAAUGCCAGUGUACUACAGCCUGCAAUCCUUGACGCAGUGAAACGUGGAAUCAUAGUCACGCUUCAUCUCUGUCUUGGAUACAACGACGCCGGAGAGAUGCUGCCUGGACAAGGCGGCGUCAAUGAGACAACAGUCGCAAGACUCAGGAGAAAGGCGAGAGAGAGUGGGGAGGAUGUUGCAGGGCGACUAGUCGUGCAAUGGUACGUCGCUGCGGAUCAAGAUCGGCCGAUCUGGGCAGGACACAAGAAGCGCAGUUGCCAUACCAAACUCAUGAUCGUCGACGGAGAAGUGGGUAUUACCGGGAGCGGGAAUCAAGACACCCAGAGCUGGGCACAUAGCCAGGAGAUCAACGUUAUGAUUGAUUCGAAGGAGAUUUGUCGAGAGUGGAUGGACUUGUUGGAAAAGAAUCAGAAUUCCCGUAUCUACGGAAUUUCCCAGGAUGACGGCAUCUGGAGAGAUAAAGAAGGAAGAGAGGCCGAAGGUGCAACUGGUGCUGAUCCUGGCCGAUUCGCUUCGCUCAAAGGGCUGGUUGGAGCCGUACAACGGGUCAGAGGCCUCGGUGGGUUUUGA